CGCACGCGGUACGCACAACUGGACAGUCAGCAGCGGAGACUAGGAGAAGAAGGGAGAGAAGGUUCUCAAAAGCCCACCUGCUGUCACGUCCCACAGAUCGGACCAACAGGGAACGAACUAAAGAGGGCACAAACACGGGUACAAGUACAGAGAUGGCCAAUCCCUACACAUCAGAGGUCCCUCUCCCGGCACUGCGAGAGCACUUCGCCACGGCUUUUGUCUCAUAUCCCAACAUGACGGCGGGAAAUGCGGCGAUCGAGCAGGAGUGCGCGCUGGAUCCAGCGAUGGCGGAGCUUCGGCAGCACCUACUCCGGCAUCGCAUCACCUUCUGCGUCUUUGACAUGGAUUUGACCGUAACCAAAAUGCACACGAGAGGUGCGUUGCCUCGCGAUCCGGACACCAUGAGGUCCUACCUCGAAUCCGGGCGUGCGACGGAUGCGGUCAAGACGAUGAAGCUUUGCCGAGCCCUGGGCCUCACCGUCGGGAUCGCGACGUUCCAGAGAGAGGUGGACGACUCGGCGCACAUUGGCGGCUCGCACCUUGUCCGCCGUGUCCUCGGGGCGAUCGGUGCCGGGGACCUGGUGAGCGACCGGGAUGUGGUCGCCCUGACCUCCUCGCAGUACUCGGAGAUGAUCCGGCACCAGGAGAGCUACACCAAGAAUGACAUGAUCCGCGUGCUGUUCGAGAGGCGGGGGGAGGCGUACUCCCCGGGGAACACCCUGCUGAUCGACGACACCCGGCGGAACGUCGAGGCAUUCGUUAGGAUAGGCGGCCACGGGCUCCUCGUGGAGGGGGGCCAGGGGUUGAUCCUGCGGAACGCGAAGGUGGUCGAGCCCAGCUGUACAUUUGUGCCAGGGUUGACGUUUUCCUCGUCGGCACACCACUCUACAACAGCAACAACGUCGGCAUCGGUGACCUCCCAGCACCAUCAGAAUGAGGGUGGUACGUAUCCGGAUCACCGGCAGCAGCAGCAGCAGCGUCAACACCAGCAGUACCCGCAGCAGCCUCCUCCGGCUGCAGGAUAUGGGUACGGGUACUACUGAAGUCGGUUUGGUGGGUAGGAGGAUGGGCAGGUCGCUGCCGCGUGCGUGUUUCAAUUUCGGCGGAUUUUGUUGUUCCGAAACAUUUAGGCGACGCGCGCGAGGGGAGUGUUGCAAAGAGGGGCGGGGUCUUGGCUGACAGGUUGGUUCGGUCGGGACCCCGACACGUUGCGUCCGGGGUAUGUGCGAUGUUGAUAGCGCCUGGGAAGGGCCCUUGCGGUUUGAGAACCCCGACGGUGUUGGUGGCGUGUCAGGGGCGAGAGGAGGAGGAAGUAAGAGGCUUGCUUAUCCACGCGGUUGGCAUGUAGCGAGCGGUUCACUUCCUUGGGCGGGCGAUGCGAUGGGAGGGCGGAACUCCGUGGAGCGGGAGGCGGCAGGCAACGGAGCGUAUCAUCGAAUAGCGAUUGCAAGAGAGAAGCUCUCAAAUUUUUCCAUGUGUGUUGUUUCAAAUAGCUUUAGUCGUGCUCUAUACGAUGCGCUGUUUCCGCCGAACGUGACCUCAUAUAGCAUUACGUCUCUUUUCUCUACGUGUCUCGACGGUGCAUACCGUCCAUGCGUUUCCCCCUCUGAAUACCGCUGUGUUAUUUUGAAUUGCCUCUCGAAGAUCGAUCGCCUCACGACGAUUGCCAAGGGCUAGGGUUUACGGUCUAUUUCUCCGAAUGUUGUCCCUAGGAUGAGGGAGUGAACGCUGCUCGUUGAUCUGCAUCACUUUUUUUGUUGUCGCCACAAGAUUUCGAACGGGUUCGGCGUUAUCCUUGGCGCAUGAGGUUGAAUCGUAUUGAGCUUCAGCUUUUUAACCCUUGCCCGUCAUGCGUGUCCACGACGAGAAGACGUGUUGUCGCGCGGGCCACUACCAAUCCCUGCGUUGCCACUAGAGUCACACCGCAUUUUGACACGCGGCUGUGAUGUAGUUGAGGAGCUUCGAUGCCUAUUGUUUUGUUCGACAUCCCCGUGUUGGCCACAGGCUGGGAGUUGAGGCCAAGGCAGCGACCUUUACUCGGGAUGGGGAGGCGCCGAUUGGGGUGGGGGGGUGGGUGGGGGGCCAUUCCUUUUGUGUUCAUUUACAACGGUAUGAUUCACUCGUUUGUUGUGCGUUGGUAUGGUCGACAGGAGCUCUUGGUCCCUGUUGGGGGGAUUCUUCAACCGUCACGAUUCCUAUGUCUGCUGCAAGUAGACAUCGGGGCGAAUUUAUAUUUUUCGGGGCCACAGCUUGACAUCACUGCUGUCUGCAGCUAGUGUAUAGUGCAUUUCUCUGAGGGGUACGCGGAGUAGAUGCUUUCGGCUUUCUUUGGCGUAACGAAACCGUGGGUUGGUGGCGUCCCUAGCGCGGAAGCCAGAUAACCUCCGUCGGUACCCCUUCCGGCUGAUGAUUCUGGGCUCUUGUCCAUCAACCAUGCCGGUAGCACCGAGUUUUUCAGGUGUGCCCUCUAGACAGGAGAAACAGUGGCCUUCCUGUAUUCCCGCCAUUAGGUAGCCAUUUGGAGACGUUUACGACGGUACGCCGGGUCGAAUGUCACAUCCGAUUUUCACUCGGGUUUUGCCCCGCACGGCUUGUGUUGUGUGAGUUUUCUCGUGUGUCCCCCUCUUCGUUCAUAUCUUGUAAUUUUGCUUCCUCUGUUGCUUUCGUUACAUUCGCCGGCAUGCUAUGCCCAGGCUAGAGCAGAUUCGGCUGCCUCCGGGGGGCUAGGGAGUUUGUUUCUGGUAUGUUUUUGUUGUUGAACUUUUAUUUUAUUUUGUUUCAUACGACCGCAUGUUGUGUCCGGCCGGGAGAAGCGUGGUCUGGCUCCAUGGGGCUUCGGCCUGGUGGGUCUAGCCCCUGAGAGUAUUUUUUUCUUAUCCUUCAAGUGGGUGUAUAUCGUACAACCCCGGACUCCUAGCGCCGCGUACUCGAGCAGCAUUGCGCUGUCUGACCUCCCUCGAUCGUUGGGCACAAAAGGACCGUUUCGACCUUCGAAGCGGCAGGGCUAGCAGCGGCGGUUGCAAGCAAUCGUGAGGAGGGGAGAUGAAGGCGGAGAUCGCACGCAAGAAAUGUUUGUAGAGUACUGCUGAAGGUACUUAAUUUGAAAAGGGGUGAUUCUGCGGGUUCGCUGUUGUGUGUUCUUGGUGUGAUCGGGUGGCUUUUGCUUCGUUCUCUGCGCUGGUGUACUUGUCCGUCUGGAAACGGUCGUGGUUGUGUGGGGUGUGUGUUUAUCUUGAAGUUUGCAUCUACAGCGCUACUCGGCGGACCAAUGAAUGACCGACUGAUUCUUUGCGGUAGCGCACACUUUUCGAGCCCGCGGGCUACUUCGACAGGUGGGCCGCGCAGGAAAUUGAGUGAGUGGUGAGUGUUCGUCCAGAAGGAAGCGCCCUCCGUGGUGUCGUUACGCUCUUUUACAUUGUUUGGCUCUGGUGAAGCAGGGAUUGGUUUGCUCAUGUCGCUGUGAAGGUGGGUGGUGCGCCACGAUGGCAUGAAGGCGCAUUGCAACCCCUAGUGUGGGUUUUGAUAGAUGCUGCGAUGGUAAAAAGACGCGUUGGGGAGCGCGCGGGGGGGGGAGGUGCACACAUUUACCAGAGAAAUAAAUACUGCAAAUGACUGGCCAUGGCCAACGAAAUACCGUGUCUGUUGCUGAGAAAGAUUAGGUUGAGAUGUAUGAUCCUGCAUGACAUGAGAGAGCCGAAAGAGCAGAUGAAGCCAAAACUAUGUAUGAGGGAGCUUCGUGUGCCGGGGUCAACCAGGAGUCAACCAGGUGUAAUAUUGCCAGUUGAAAAGGUAGGCACGUGAGAAGAUUGAUGCACGAAAGGUGGGCAAGGGUGAUAGUUCUGUUACUGAUGAGCAGUUGUUUUGUUGGACGGAGCUUAAGAUAGCGAAUAGGGGUCGUGGUGAUGACGCGAACGCGCCAGCGGAUAUGUGCAAGGUUAGGGGGAUGGUGAAAUUGCUGUUGUACCGUUGUGAAACGACGGACAAUAUAGAAGGAGAAACAACGAAGAUGAAACCGCAAAAGCGUUGAAACGAACCCGU